AUGGAUGCGAUCCGCUGGUCCAUGAGCGCCGCCUGCGACCGCCAGCACAUGGAGAUUACCUCCAUGAUGCCGCCAGCGAACGGCGUGCUCUACAUGAGGUGGCGACUGCGCCUGUGGCCCAGGAACCCGCUAGAGUCUGCGAAGGUGUUCCUGGCGCCGACGCUGAGCUGGAACCAUCCGCUCCUCAGAAGCCGGGUGCUUGGGGAGCCCAGCAUUGUCGAGGGAUACUCGAGGUACGAGUUCGAUGCCUGGGAGGGCAAGAUUGUCAGGCACUCGAUCGAAAUCACCAACCCGCCCACGCCGCUCGCGAACUUGCUGAGGCCCGCAGUACAGAUGCCCAUGGUCGCGCUGACCCCGAGCUUGGGCAGGAUGGGGAUGCCGGUGCAGCUCUGA